ACGAUGGUGCGCACACGUUACUGCGCAACAUGCAUCCAUGAAUAUUUUGAGGGACGCCGAAAUGGAGAGUGCGUAACGUGCGUAGUCAACGGUUUGUCAGGCGGCAUUGAGUAUCGUGCAUGUGAAUGUCCACCUCGUGGUGUUAAGCAUACGAAAUGGCGAACCCGAAUCUCACGGAUAUGACGGAGGAAGAUGCGGCGGACUUGCAGUUCCCGAAAGACUACGAUCCACUAAGCGAAACGUCUAAGUCCGAGUGUGAUGUUGACCUCGAGGUAUCAGUCCUCAAGGACGAAAUCCCUAUCUCAGAUCCGACAUGUCGUGUAUGCAAGUCGACUUUGGUGGAGCCAUACGUGCGUUGCGCCGUGUGCGUGAAUGUCGAGAUAUGUCUGCCUUGUUUCGCCAAAGGCUGCGAGAUCGACACGCACAAGAACGAUCACAACUACAUGAUUAUAAAGAACGAGUUCCCGCUGUUCGAUAGCGGUUGGAGCGCCAUGCAAGAGACAAAGCUGCUUGACUUGAUGCUGCAAUGCGGUUUCGGCAACUGGAGUGACAUAAGCCACGCGAUGGGUAGAACCGCGAAGGAGUGCAAGCAGCAUUAUCUGCAGCACUACGUGGACAAUCAGACAUUGCCAGAUCUGCCGAAAUUGAAAGAGAACCGAACUAGCUUAUUCAGUUGUGAUCCGAUUCCUUUUUUGUACAAGCUGCAAGAUCUUGACGAGCCGCCCAGGUUCGCACCGGACACGGCCAAUGGCAAACUGGUGGCAGGCUACAACGCGGCGCGCUCGGACUUCGAGGUGAAUUUCGACAAUGAUGCAGAAUCGUUGGUCGCUGAUCUUGAUCUCGACGAUUUUCAACCCGACGACAAUAUGUAUGAACUAGGACGGGCUCUUCAAGUGGCAAUGGUGCAGGUGUACAACAACAGGUUGAAGGAGCGAAUGCGUAGAUAUGAAAUAAUCCGCAGGCAUGGGCUGAUUGCGUUGCGCAAGAUCAAUUCGUGGAUAAAACGAUUCGAUAACACGAUCCCCAGAGCGGAGCGACUGUUGAUUUUCAUGCAGCUCAUGGAUGGAAUGGACUUCGAUUAUAUCAUGGAGGGUCUUCAUCAUGUCGGCGAGCUAAAGAAUAAUAUCAACACACUAUUAGAGUUCCGCAGAAACGGUCUUACGCACUUCCACAGCGUAUCUAUGUUUCAGAACUUGACAAAGAUGCGCCAGGAGAACGAGAGAGAGAGGAAGCAGUAUCUGAACAAUCCCGAGUACAGCUGGAAGAGUGUGCUGCCUGGUUACAUCACGAAUAGUAGCAAUCCGAUUCCAGGUACCAGCUUGCAACGCAAAGUUGCGCCGCCUCUUUCGAUAAAGAGUCUGCCAGGCUAUGAAAAGCUGACUUUCGAUGAAAGAGAGCUCUGCUCUGUCGCAAGGAUAGUACCGUCCAGUUACAUAGACUUCAAACACCUCUUGAUCGCCGAAAACAAGAAGAGUGGUUCCCUCAAGUUGGCGCAGGCUCGUGCAUUGCUGAAAAUUGACGUUAACAAAACGCGAAAGAUAUAUGACUUCCUGGCGGAAGAAGGAUAUAUUAAUAAACCGACCUCAUGAUAUUGCCUUAGCGACAAAAAUUCGAAAACGCAGAGACACUGUUAAUAUCGGAAGUUUACAUGUUAUUGGAGCAUAGGAAAGCCCAAAACGAAUCCGCGGAGGAAGAACAAGAGUUUUCCGAGGUGUUUAUGAAGAGCUUAACGUACACGAAUCGAUUUGGCAAGCUG